CUCUUCGUCUCUUGCGUAUCACUCGCAUAGCUUCUCAAACUUCUAUAUAUUUCAACUACCUAGUGUUAGUUCUAAUUUGUCUUUGAGAAAAGAAAGAAACAUUCUCGUAAAAAUGUCUCCCGAGUUUCAUCUUCUUCUUUUUCCUGACCUUGUUUACAUUCACCCUCUCACUCUCAGUUUUCAAACUGCUAUAUGUUUUGGUUGGUUUGUUUUGUUUUUCCUGUUCUGGUUAACUCCGGGUGGGUUUGCUUGGGUUUUGUAUAAUAAGGCUUCGGGUUCGGUCCGGUCUGUUAUUCCUGGUCCGUCUUUUUCCGGUUUGUUUGGGCUUUUGUCAGGAGAAACUCCUCACCGUGUUUUAGCCAAGGUCGCUCGGAGUCACCGAGCUGAGUCGUUGAUGGCUUUUUCUGUUGGUCUGACUCGGUUUGUUAUUUCGAGUGAACCGGAAACUGCGAAAGAGAUUCUUUGCAGUUCUGCUUUUGGUGAUAGGCCGGUUAAGGAAUCGGCUUACGAGCUGUUGUUUCAUAGGGCAAUGGGUUUUGCACCGUACGGUGAGUACUGGAGGAAUCUGAGAAGGAUUUCUUCCACCCAUUUGUUUUGUCCUAGAAGGAUAAACGGGUUUGAAGGUUUUAGGAGUGAUGUAGGAUUAAAAAUGGUGAAAAGAAUAGAGUUUUUGAUGGGUGAAAUGGGUAGUGUUGAGGUGAAGAAAGUUCUUCAUUUUGGGUCGCUUAACAACGUAAUGAUGACUGUGUUUGGGAAGUGUUAUGAGUUUUUUGAUGGAGAUGGUUCUGAGCUUGAGGAAAUGGUGAGUGAAGGUUACGAGUUGUUGGGUGUUUUUAACUGGAGUGAUCAUUAUCCUGUUUUGGGUUGGUUGGAUUUGCAGGGUGUUAGGAAAAGGUGUAGGGUUUUGGUAACUAAGGUUAAUGCAUAUGUUGGAAAAAUCAUAGAGGAGCAUAGAAUGAGGAGAAUGUCUGAAGGAAAAUCUUUAGUGGGUGAUUUUGUUGACGUUUUGCUUGAUUUGGAAGAAAAAGACAAGCUCAGUGAUUCAGAUAUGAUUGCAGUACUUUGGGAGAUGAUUUUCAGAGGAACUGACACGGUUGCGAUUUUGCUGGAAUGGAUUCUGGCUAGGAUGGUCCUUCAUCCAGAGAUACAAGCAAAAGUACAUGAAGAAAUCGAUCGUGUAGUUGGAAAUUCCAAGGUUAUUACUGAUGUUGAUGUUCAAGACAUGCGUUAUCUGCAGUGCAUUGUGAAAGAAACUUUAAGGGUUCAUCCACCAGGACCACUUUUAUCAUGGGCACGUUUAUCAGUGCACGAUGUUAUGGUAGGUGACAAGUUCAUUCCGAAAGGAACAACUGCCAUGGUGAAUAUGUGGGCUAUAACACAUGAUGAGAAAGUCUGGAAUGAUCCUGAGGUGUUUAGUCCCGAGAGGUUUAUGGCUGAAGAUGUUAGCGUUUUGGGUUCUGAUUUGAGGUUGGCUCCGUUCGGAGCUGGGAGAAGAGUUUGUCCUGGAAAAGCCAUGGGUUUAGCUUCUGUCCAUCUAUGGUUAGCUCAGUUGCUUCAGAGGUUUAAAUGGGUUCCAUCUGAUGAUUCUCCUGUUGAUUUGGAUGAAUGUCUUAAGCUUUCCAUGGAGAUGAAAUCACCACUUGUGUGCAAGGUUGUUCCUAGGAUCUAACCUAGGGCUAGUCUGAAUUUAGUAUUUUUAUAUUACUUGACUGUGUUUUGGGAAGGAUAAAGUUGGUCAUGGUUCUUGUGAUGUUUGGUUUCUUUUGCCUUGUUUGGUGAAAGAGUAUUAUUAGUGGGGUUAUGAUAUCUUAGGCAUUUUCUAUUUUGAAUCUAGUUUCAAUGCAAUUUGUGUUUUGUUUGUGACCGAUUAGGUUAAGAAGUCAUGGGUUCAAUGUGAAACUGUUUGUAGUUAAGAAGAUGUUUUGUUCAUUUAUGGGUUUUAUCUAUCUAUGCUGUUUUCUAGUGA